GCAGAGUGGGUGAAAAGCAAGAGAGAGACAGCUUGCAUAAGGCAGUAGUCAAUCACUCAGAGCACAGGCAGCCAGAGAGAGAGAGAGAGAGAGAGAGAGAGAGAGAGAGAGAGAGAGAGAGAGAGAGAGAGAGAUUGGAGGAGCAGCCAGUCGCUCGUCCCUCUCUCCAGGCUCUAACUUUAUAGGCAGCCCGGCAGAUUUUCUUGGCUUAGACGCAGCGCUCAUGACAGGAUUAGGAGCUGGGGACGCGGGACCAACCGGAGAUCUGCAGGUCCUAGUGGACGAGCCUGGGCCAGAUUAUCUCCCUGUACAGGUUUGAUUCCUGUGUCCCGUCACGCCAAUCAUCCGACAACAGACGUCCAAGGUUGACCCGAUUACUGAGAGGCCUCCCUGUCUCUCCUCUCCUCUCCCAUCAUGCAUCUCCUCGCCACCCUCCUCCUCCUGCUGCUCCUAAGGUCAGCUGAGCCCCGGAGAGGCCCUCGGUCAGGGGCUGUGGAGAGGGGCGCCAGGGGCCGUGUACGAGGCAGAGGCAGGGCCGGAGUGAUGAGACGUCAAACUCAGGAGUGUAAGGAAUACAUGGAGGCAGGGGAAAAAUAUCUGGACUGUCAGGACAGGCAGCUGACCAUGGUGAUGCAGGACUGGCCCAAAGAUAUUCACCACCUGCUGUUGGCAAGAAAUAAGAUUCAGGUUUUGAGGGACAAUAUGUUCUCCCAGUUCAGCCAGCUGAAGAGCCUGGACCUCCAGCAGAACCACAUCUCCAUGGUGGAGGACGGGGCAUUCAGUGGCCUCUCCCAGCUCACCACCCUGCUCCUCCAGCACAACAGACUGAAAACAGCCACCGAGGACGUCCUGCUCCCCCUGCCCCGUCUCACCUACCUCCGUCUCUAUGACAACCCCUGGAGCUGCCGCUGCUCAUUAGACAGCCUGGUCAGGACCCUGCAGGUGCCCAGCAACCGCAACCUCGGCAACUAUGGCAAGUGCGCCGAGCCCCAGUCGCUGAAGGACCAGAAGCUGAGGAAGCUGAAUGUGGACUUGUUGUGUGGACACACACAGAAGGCCGGGGAGCGGAGGGGGACGGGACUGAGGCUUCCUGAAAUCAAAGUGAAGACGGAUGCCACGUCCAUGUGCCACACCUACAUGUUUCCAAAACCUCUGCUGGACUGCAGCAAUAAAGAUUUGAAUAACAUCCCGUCUGAACUGCCAUCGGACAUCGUGAAGAUGGAUCUGUCCAGCAACACCAUCAAACAUCUCAGGCCCAAACAGUUCCUGCUGUCCAAAGACCUCAAGCUGCUCAAUCUGAGCAGCAACAGCCUGCAGUAUAUAGACACAGCUGCAUUCGCAGGCCUGCUGUACCUCCGUGAGCUUGACCUGUCCAAUAACAGCCUCAACUAUUUCCAGUAUGGCGUACUGGAGGAUCUCUACUUCCUACGGACGCUCUCGCUGGAGAACAACCCCUGGAUCUGCGACUACAACAUCCACUACUUGAUCUACUGGCUCAAGCACCACCCCGGCGUUUUCUACACUGGCCUGAUCUGCUCUGAGCCACAGGAGUUCAGGGGCUGGCGUGUCGAGGAUUACGUCAAGACCUACAACGGUGAAUGUCCCAUGGACAAACAAACUGGAGGGAUGGAUACAGGACAGGGAGGGCAAGGGGGGACAGACAACGAUGCACAGGAGGUUGUGGGGGAGAUGAUCGAGAUGCCUCAGCCCCUGAGGGAGAAUAAACCCAAAAAGUUUGAGAUAAUUAGGCUGAGUUAGAAUGGUGGUGGAUCAGCGGACUGGUGUGGCUAAGUAUAGAGGUCAAAGGAGUGUUAGAUUAAAGUGCAGGUCAUGUGGAGAGGCUGACAAAUGGAUUAUUAUGGUAGACUAAGUGAUUUGAUGUUUAGAUUAACAGUGUGACCAGUAAAAGUAAAAUUUUGCAAUAAAAUACGUUAUCAUUUUAAUAAUUAAUAUCUUCCAUCUUGUGUGGAUAAAAGAAAAAAACAGAUUUUGGGACAUUCAUUUUUCUUAAAAGGUUAUUCAAGUUUACGUUCAAACAAAGGUUUAGGGGCUUUUGUUUUAUUUUUUUUGCGGAGCAUUUACAACCCAGUCUGUAUCAGAUCUAUUAACUUCCACAAAGAUGUCCCUUUGAAUUUCCUACACAAUGAACUGCAGGUGCUCGCUUUUUUUCUGUUACUGUUAUUUUAUUAUUGAAUGCAGGUUAUUCUUUUUUUAUUCAUAAAAAGCAGUUUUUUAUUAAUGUACGACAUUGUCUACCUGUUUUCUGGAAAUA